AUGUCUCGUCAUUGUAAACGACAUCGUACAGACCCGGUGAUCUGUCAUGGUAAUACAGACCCGGUGAUCUGUCAUGGUGAUACAGACCCGGUGAUCUGUUAUGGUGAUACAGACCCGGUGAUCUGUCAUGGUGAUUACAGUCACACUAAAAGUCCCACGAAAUGGCACGCCUCGCCAUCUUGGUUUGAUGGCUCCACAACGACGAUCUUAUUGCUGCUGGUGACAGCUCUGCCCGGCAUUCUCUGUAAAGGAAUACCGGAGAAGGUAGAGGCCGUGAGUGGGUGGACAGCACGGCUGCCAUGUCGCGUUAACAACGUCGACCUGCCGCUGCUGGUGCUCUGGUUCCGGCAUGACAACGACCGCCCCUUCUACAGUUUCGACAUCAGGAACGGCAGCGGCUCCGAGAGGCAGUACAACAGCAUAGGCAUGAGAGCGCACUUCAUUAUGAAUAAAUCCCACACGAAGAACAGCGAACACCAAAAUUCUGAGUAUUCGUUAAAUGCCUUGAGCCCUCCUCAUCCACUGGACCACCAUCGUCCACAGUCAAUGCCGGUGACGGACUCCUCUUCUUCAAAUUUAAGCCAGAAGCUGAAUUUAAGAUAUCGACGCUCACUCCGAAUUGCAAAUUUAUUUCAAAGAAGUACCGAUGCAGUUAUUACGAAUUUAAAUACAUUAUACUCCUCUAAUCAUUCAAUUUUAAAAAGUGACAUACGUUUCUCACAUACGUUUCACGGAAAGGGGUUUCAGAUCUCACAAUCACAGUUACAUAAUACAAUUCCUUAUUCUGGUUUCGCAAAUAAGCACUAUUCAUCAAUUCACGACGCAACUGCCACCCACGGUCCUAAAACUUUAAAUCACGAAAUAUUCACACAUCAUACCCCAUUGGAAAAACCCAGAAUCCUUCACCCCUCCGGCAACCCUUUCCUGUUUUCAAAACAACGAGGUCCUCGAAGUGGUAGAGGUUCGGUCCUUAAAGAAUUGGGUCCCGAACACCUAGGACUUGGAUCUAGAGGACACGUUACUCUAGGGCCUGAAAUUUCGGGACUCGAUGUCCCGAGAUUAGAAAAGCUGAGGCCAUUAGACUCGGGACAUGAAGUGUUCAACCAACCCGCAGAGGGUGAACAUUACACUCAUUGUCCAUCGAACACAACCUCCCUGCCGCCAUUCCCCGGCUGCCUGGAGCUCAGCAGCGUGACCAGCGGUGACAACGGGAGUUUCACGUGCCGUGUUGAGUUUGUUGACUCUCCUACGCAGACGCAUACUGUGCUACUCACAGUAUACG